AUGCACCAGCAGCACUUGCUGGAGCAGGUUGUAAGGCCUGAGGACACCUGGCGUGUGCAGCAACAAGCAAAUGACCAGGGCCUCCAUGAGUCGAAGCAGGGCAGCAGCGUUUGCUGCAGCAACCGUUCAACCAUUGGUGCUAUCCUUGUGCUGCAUAAAGGCACGCGUGGAGCCCUUAGGCUUCACAGUACGCUGCAGGGCGUUCUCUUGCACCAACUUAACCCAGGCUUACAGGCGGCGGCUGCCGUCUUCGAGGCUCCUUGUCCCUUCUACCUAAAGCAGCAGUUGCUCCGCAGUGCUUCGGCUCUGAACUUUCAGAGCGGCAAUGAUCGGCAGCAGAAGUAUGCAAAACAAGAUAUAUGGUACUCAGAAUCUUUGGCAGACACAAAUGCAGAUCCAUCAACGUCCGAAGGAGUUUCAGCUUUGGCGAAUCACCCAGCCACAGGGUUUGGAGCCGGAGCAGUAGACGCCGGUGACGGUGUUGCAAAGCGUGGUACGAAAGAAACCACGCAAUUUAUCUGCAUUUUUGGCGAAAGCAGUAAUAGCAAUAAAAAUAGCCUACACGGCCAACAAUUUACGUGCUGCUGUAGAGGCUGCAGCGACACCGGUACGAAGUCUGUAGAUUUAGUGGCAACGUCGCCAUCAGCUGCAGCAAACCGGUGUUCCAUGUGCAGCUUGUGCUGCAAUAUCGCUCUGCGUUACAUUGGAGGUCCUCAAGUGACAUCGGUCUGUUGCAUGGAAAGCCAAUCAAAGCCUUGGGAGCACCAGCGGCAACUGCUGCUGACUACCACCGAAGGGGCGCUGCUUUCAGCAACAAGGUAUUCCAGCAGCAGCAAGAGUAGUGACAGCGACUGGAAUAUAAAAGCUAUCCCUGGUGGCAGCAGUGGCUGUGCCUACAAAGUAUCUGGUGGUGCUUCAUAUGCUCUGAUUGCUAGGGAAAAGGGAUUAUUUGGGCUAGGUACUUGCUGCAACGGCGAGCUUCUGCAGCGGCAACUAGUGUGGUGCUGCUUUGCGCCCCGUUUACUACCGUUUCUGUCCAGUUCGCGUUGCAGCAUUGCUUCAAUUUGCUGCAGUACGCGUCAUGUCGUUGCUGCUGCAGCAGACGGUCGCUGCUUCACUUGGGGCAGCAAUUUUUGCGGCGAGCUGGGGACUGGCAACGUUGGGCCUGUGCAGAAAAGGCCGCAGCCAUUGCAGCUGCCACAGCCUAUCGUGGCAGUGGCUGCUGGUGAGGGAUUCACCCUGGCGCUUUCUUCCAUUGCUGUCGCUACGCCUCUCAUCAAUGCACGAGAGGCUUCCGACGCUGUAUCGAGGGAUGGAUCCGUGUGGGCGUGGGGCCUCAACUGCCACGGCCAACUGGGUCUUGGCGACAAGAGUCCUCGCUACAUCCCACAGCAGAUUAUGCAUGCCUUUUACAGCAGACGCACAAUUAUGAGCAGCAGUCUUUGCGCUGUUGCACCGCUGCCCCCAAUAAUAGAAAUUACGGCUGGAGCUGGGUUUGCAGGACUGCUUACUGAAGACGGGGCUCUCUUGCUGCAAGGACGCCCUCCAUCCACGUGCGCAGAUCAGACAGUGCAACAAGCUUGCAGCAGCUGGUGCUGCUGCUCAGAUGGCACCACCUGCACUGGAUUUGCUGCCACUUGUGGAGACGUAUGCAUCCCUACGGAGGUUGGCUUUGGAUCUGCUCUUCCCCUGAGGUUCUCCAAGGUGGCCUGUGGGGCUUCCUCUCUAGUGGCCUUUGCACCAGCACAGCUGCAGCAUGUGUCUCCGCAACUACUUCCUGUUGGAGGUGGAGGCCAGCUGACUCUCAAGUUUGUGGGACUUCCCGUCUUCCAGCUGAAACAGCAGCAACAGGAGCACAUUUGCUGCAGCUGUUGCUGUUGCAGGCUUCAGAGCCACGGUGAUACUCUAGCAGGACACGGUCAACAAGACCUCGAAGCCUCCCAACCCGUAUUGCUACGCUUGAGGGCACUACAUAAUCCGCAUGACGUCGGUCAGCAGCAUCUGCAGCAUUUGGAUGUUAUACUGAAAGCGUGGCUGCGAACCAACGGGGUUGUAGUUUGCCGCUCCCCUCAAUUGCGUGCAGCGAAAGAGCUAGCCGACUUUUGUAACCUGUCCACGCCGUUAGACGACGUGGUAAGCUUCGAAGCUCUCACGAAGGGGCGGCCUCUCCAGUACAGCAAGUCGUGUGCUUGGGACCGAAGCGUGGGGAUUGCUGCGCCCGCCUUCGGUGAAGGUGAGAAGCGGCUCAAGCACCGACAAGGGAAACCGGAGCAAGAGCAACACGAGAGACAGCACUGUUCUGGGUGGAUCAUUUUUGGGGAAUCCGGAGUUGAGCGGCGGGACGGUGAAGGAGCAAGCUCGAACUCUUUGACGGAGACCCUCCUUGCAAGCAGUUAUCCGCAAGGUACUGUGCUACAGUUAGGACCCCAGGGUCCAGUGGUAGGAUCCCACAAAGAGGAGCUCAGGAGCUGGGUAGCGUUGCAGAAAUGGACAGCGGGGGACUGUUUCCUCCCCACCGAAUUGCAGGUAUGUCACGUAGACCCUGCUACUCUGCCUACUUUUUCUAGUAGCAGCAGCCUUCAAUGUGAUUUUCAUCGAAACACACGUGACAAGGGCCGAGUUCAUUGCCGAUGCCACCUUCCAAGCCUAUUCAAUAAGGAGCUUGGCGGCAUACUUUCAGCCUUGCAGCUCUGUGCUUCAGGCGGCCUUGCCUUGGAAGUGCUGCUCGAUCACUCGGUGCCCCCGGGGGCAGACUGCACGGGAGCUGCUGUCUGUUUCACUGCUUUGGAGGAAACAACCCAAAGCGAGCAGCAACAAGACCCACAGGACAAGGAUACCCAGCUGCCAAUACUUGCUCAGUCUAGGGCACCCUCACUCACUAGCUUGCUUGUUGCAGCCAAGCGUGACUCUGAUCUGCAAUGGUGCUGUGCAGCGAGUUGCAUGCGUUUUGGUCAGGUGUGUGCUUGGUCGUCAGGACAACUGUUCACAGCCAUCUCCGCUCCGUUUUGGUUAUUGUCCCCAGAGGAUUUAACAGUGUCUCCUCCCAUUGGACCUGCCGGUUUGCCCAUCAAUGUAGAGCUCAGCACAGCGCAGCUCGAGGCUCUGCCUCCACAGCGGCUCGAGGAACUAGAAACCUACAUGGCAUCGAGCAACAACAGGGCUUUUGCGUGCUGUUGCCUCAUCAUACACCCGGAUGGAUCCAAGGAGACCAUAUCAGUAGCGAUGCGCAACGGAAGCCUCCGGGCGACUAUUCCGCCAGUAAUGCUCGAGCCAGAGGAUACAGCAACGGGGGAGGAACAGAACCAACAGCAGGAGUUGCAGCAGCUGCCGCACAAUCGUGAUCAGGGCGUAAUCUCUAAGUGUAGCAGCAAUGGAGUAUACGAGCUGCAACUUCUCUUCUCCUUUAACGGCCACGAAUUCAGCAAAACACCCAAGAGCUUUCAGGUGUACAGGCAGCUACAAGGAGACCUGCUUCUGCUCUUCACGCUUCCCCCAACCGCUGCUGAGUCCGUUGGUGGCGUCAAUCCUAACCCUUGUCAAGCUUCUAAUGCAGACAUGUUUGAGGAGUCACACUGCACAAGAACCUCAGGAAAUCUAAAUAUAUCGAAUGGUUUGCUUGGAUCCACAGAAGGAGUAGCAGCAGCUGCUGCUGUCGCGGCGAAUGCUAUCGGUGUGGGUGAAGUUCAACAGGUGGAUGAGGAUGCAAUCUUGGGCAGCGGUACUUUUGCUGCAGUGCUACUGGAGUGUGCAGUGGCCAUACACACUCCUUGCUUCCGAGUAACGGUACAUCCAGACGUUGGUGCUGCUGCUUCGUUUGAGCUCACUCCCGAUGGAUCCCCUGUACAGCUACUGAUUCCUGCUGCUUCUAUCAGUGGAGUGCAACAACAGGUUUUGUCUUGCUUUGAUGCCAGUAGCAUGAGGUCCAACAGGAGGAAUCCCUACAGGGACAGAGCAACUAAACAAUCAGGCAAAAAGUCCUCCUCUGCAAAACCUGGAGUUUCCAACAAGGGUGGUGCUCCAGCAGCUUUACCUGGAAGCCCCAAGGGACUGGCAUCGGAGAAGCAGCAAAAGCAGCAACAAAAAAUGGGAAAGGGACAUCAGCAGCAACAGCAGCAAGAACAGGGGGCAGAGAGUAUAGAGGAGAGCCUCCACAAAGUUAUUGUGUGUGCGCUGCCCACACUUCGAGCCAGCAGUGAGGGGCAUAGCAUCUGCACUCUGGAAGUCUCCAUAGACGGCAUGCAUUUCGUCCCUGUGGGAGAGGGCCGAUCCCUCAAAAUCAGAAGUCCGCCCAUCACUAGCAACUCUAACAAAAACAUUAGCCAAGCAAAGCAUACACCGCCUCUUCUGGAAAGUCUAGAUGCUGUUGUGCCUGCAUUGGUGCGAACAUGCUUGUGCUUAGCAAAUACAGCUCUGUAG